GAUUGGUGCAUUUCUGAAGAUAGAUGGAAAUACACCAAUCAAAACAGAGUAUUUCCAUCCAGCAAGCAAUCCAGCACGAAAACAAGCACCGUAUGCCGCUAGCUGAACAGACUGAAAGUUAAAAGCAGUUAAAAGUACACGUGCUUUGCCUGAAAGGUACACGAAAAAGAAAUUGUCUACAAUAGCACGAGAUAAUUAAUUUUUGAAAAAAGCUACAGUGAAAAAAAAUGCAGCACGACGAUGUUGUAUGGAGUGUUAUUAAUAAAUCGUUCUGUUCCUUUAAAGUAAACACAAAGACGCAGAGAUUUUGUAGGAAUGAGUAUAAUCUUACAGGAUUAUGCAGCAGGGCAGCGUGCCCUCUUGCAAAUAGUCAAUAUGCUACGAUUAGAGAGGAGAAUGGUAUUAUUUAUCUCUAUAUGAAAACAGCCGAGAGAAUACAUACACCCAAAAACAUGUGGGAAAAAGUUAAGUUGUCCAGGAACUUUGAAAAAGCAAUACAACAAAUUAAUGAAAAUCUACUCUAUUGGCCUGGUUUCAUAAAAGCAAAAUGUAAGCAGAGAUUUGUCAAAAUUACACAAUAUUUAAUUCGCAUGAGGAAACUUAGAUUAAGACGGCAGAAGAAGAUUGUGCCUCUUCAAAGAAAGAUUGAGAGAAGAGAGAGACGUAGAGAAGAAAAGGCUUUAAUAGCUGCCAGACUGGAAAAUGCGAUUGAAAAGCAACUUAUGGAGAGAUUAAAGCAAGGAAUGUAUAAUGAUAUUUAUAACUUCCCACAAAGAGUAUUUGACAAAGCUGUGGAAGCUGUUGAGGUUGACGAUGAAAGUGAGGCAGAAAGCGAGCAGGAACAAGAACAAGAGAAGGAAAUUGAAAAAGAGAUAGAAAUGGAAUUGGAGGCGGAUGAAGAGGGUGAGCAAAAUGGCCCUCAGUAUGUCGAAGCUGACAGUGAUGAUGAUGACGAUGACGAUGAUUAUGGAGAUAACGAUGAUUUCGAUGCUGAAGAGGUCUCUAUGGACGAAGAUAGCGACUCUGGACAAAAGGAUCUAGUUGAAUUAUCGGACAGUUUUGUGUCUGAAGCAAGCGAUAUCGAGGACGUACCAUCUACGAGCAAGAAAGGAAAAAUGCCGAAAGUCGUCAAGAAAAGAAAAGUGCAGAAGAAAAAGCAACCAAGGGUGGAAAUCGAAUAUGAAUUUGAACAAGAAAGUCAGCAAAGAGAACGAGUACCUCGAAUACGUAGCAAAUAAAUAUUGAUUGUUUGUAUGAAA